GACGCUACGUUAUAUCUCCAUGGUGACGGUCUAUAAACAAUCUGCGCCGACAAGUUCACUGAGCCGCACAGCUGACCUGGCUACCACUGUGACUAGCGAUUGCAUAUAGUAUACGGUGAUCUGUAUAUCAGCAUAGCUAAUAUGUCACACACUCAGGCUGAAAGUGUAAUAAAGAACAUUAUCCGGGAAAUUGCCCUAGAAUGUGCUGCAAAGGGUCAUACAGUAUCUGAAACAAUGGUUGCAUUUGUGGUGAAAGCUAUAGUGUUAGACCCGAGAAACGGAUUUAAUGUCGAUCGAACAUUAACAAAAAAUGAUGUACAGAAGCUGAUCAAGCUCUGUGUGGAGAGACUACUUGAUACAAGAAGCCCUUCUCUGGAAACGAUCAAGAUGCAAGUGUACUUUGACCUGAAUUAUACAAACAGAGGUGAGUUCCUGGAUGAACAUCAUCGGGUUCUGGAAUCAAGGCUUGCGUCUGUGCGCAGGGAGAUCACGGACAGCCGGGCUCGUACAGCGGAAGAAUUAGAAAGCUUAUAUCGCAAGAUUGUCAGCUAUGUGCUACUGAGAUCUGGCCUUGGAUCUCCGACUGAAAUCAAGGUGGUCAGGGAAGCCACAGCUGCUCUUCAGAGUGUAUUCCCACAUACAGAGCUUGGUACCUUUCUGUCUCUUGUAAAGAAAGACAAAGAACGUCAGCUGAAGGAACUCACCAUGAUUGUCACUGGAAUCAGAUUGUUCAACAAAGACUGUGGAAAAGGUGGCGAGGGCAUUGAUGAUUUGCCAAGUAUUCUGAAAGAGGCAAUACCUGCCACCACAAAGCAUAUUGAAUCAGAGCUGCAGUCAUGUCAGGAGAUGAUAUACAAGUACACAGCUGUCAUUGAAGAGAUGGACGAAAAAGCUGAAAAAAUUAAUCUGUUGAAUUUAACCCAGCUGAAAGAACUGCUUUUCAAUGCAAGGCAACAUGAGGUCUUUUUAAACAUCAUUCAGUCCGAUGUCAACACUUGUGCACAACAAAUGGAAAUGAUUGAUAAACACUAUGGAUCACUGAUUGAACAAUUAAGGACCACUGUACAGUCAAAGACAGCAAUUCCCACUGCACAAGUCUAUCCACUCUUUAUUUCACUGUCAAAGCUAUGGAACAACUUCCAGGAUGAGAUUGUAUUGUUAACUGUCCUUAGCAAUACGAGUGCAAACUUGCAGCCUUUUCUAGGACUCCAUGAAGAGCUCUUCCCCGAGCAUGUCAUCCAGCCGCUUCUCAGUGACAUAACCGUGAAAACUGAUGAAGAAAGGAUCAGAGAGAGCACAGGAAAUCCAAGCAUUGGUAUUCUAAAACACAGGGAAAGAUAUUAUGUUUUCAGCUCCAAGGAUGAUGCCUACAUGUUUGCGCAGGAUCCUGAUCACUACAUAAAUUUAAUUGGAGAGAAAGCUAAACAGUGUGCAGAAAUGAUACAGUUAUUGGAGUUGUACCAGCAGUUUGCAUCCAUCACUCCUUACUCACAGGGCCAUGCUGCUGAAAAGUUGCUGAUGAAACCAAUCACCAAAUGCAAUAGCGGCACACAAACUGAUACACAUAUUCUGGAAACCAACAUUGUCAAGUUAUAUGAGUGGAAUGAAUGGGAACUGAGGAGGAAAGCAAUUAAACUGACUAAUCUGCGGCAGAAAGUGACUCAUUCCAUGCAGACACAUUACAGCCACAUGAGAAGAGAAAACUUCACCCAGGUGUACCUACCAAAGCAAGUGGGCACACAGACAAAACGGGAUAACUCAAGCAACGUUCCAAAGCCACAGGUCUUUCUGUCAGGACUCCGUGGUUGUGGAUUAUCAAAACCUACAAACAUGGUUAAAGUGAAUCUAACAAGAGAUGUUGAGGAAUCUUAAAUUCAGCAAUAAAUAUUUUGGAAGUGUAAAUAUAAAA